AUGUCUGAACGUAUCCGAACGCAUCCCGGCGUCAGCCUCCGGGAUAGCCUGGACGCCACCGGCUGGAGCGUCAACGAAUUCGCCGAACGCCUAGGCGUCAGUCGCAACGUAGCUUCGCGCCUGCUGAACGGGCGUUGCGGCAUAUCGCCCGCCGUGGCCCUGGCAUUGGAACGCAUCGGCUGGAGCACCGCUGAAUUUUGGAUGCGCCGACAGGCCAGCUACGACCUGUCGGUAGCACGCCGCAAGAUAGAGAUGGAGGAGGCCAAUGCCUGA